AUGUUGUUAUCCUCGACGGAGCCACAGCUCGGAAAGAAUCUGGGGCCAUUCUUGCAGAAGUGGCCAUUCUUGGCUCCGUCGAAUCCUGCCCCAGAGAUCUUCUCCGUUCAAAUUGCUACAGAGGAAGACAGAGCCUGCCGCAAAGGACUGAGGGAAAGAGGAGGAAAGAAGCAAGAAGGUCUGCAAAGGACGGCACAAGGAGACGAGGGCCAAAAGGAGGAACUGAGGGACACAGGAAAAGGAAGGACUGGACACAGGAAAGAAGGACUGGGACCAGGAAGAAGACUGGACCACAGAAGAAGACUGGACGCAGAGAAGACUGGACCCGCACAGAAAGAAGACUGGACCCGAAAGGGAAGACUGGACGCACGAAAGAAGACUGGACCCAGAAAGAAGACUGGACGCAGGAGAAGACUGGACGCAGUAAAGAAGAACUGGACCCAGGAGAAAGCAAGACUGGACGCGAAGAAGAAGCUGGACGCAGAAAGAAGACUGGACGCAGAAGACUGGACACAGAAAGAAGCUGGACGCAGAAGACUGGACGCAGAAAGAAGACUGGACACAAGAAGAAGACAAGGACACAAAGAAGACGGGACGCGGAAGAAUGGACAGAAGACUGGACGCAGGAAGAAGACUGGACACAGGAAGAGACUGGACACAGAAAGAAGACUGGACGCAGAAGAAGACUGGAACACGAAAGAAGACUGGACACAGAAAGAAGAAUGGACGCAGGAAGAAGACUGA